CCGCACCGCUCACUGAGAAAGAGACUCAUAUAUCCAGGAAAAUGCUUGCAAAAAGUUAAAAGGACAUGCCAGUCUCUGUUUGCACCUCACACUCAAAUUCUUAAUUUGCACUCUUACACUGACAGUUUGUCAUUAAUUUUAUGAAGUUUCCCCGCCCCUGCUCUACGGACAAGAUCAGCUUCAGGAACACUCCAAAAACGCCUCUGCUUUAGCCAAUACACCACCAUACUACAACAAAAAGCCACACCCUCCACAGUAAAAAGGGAGAUACCCAAUAGAGCAUAUUAUCUGGGAGGAACAAGCCACACUCGGCAGAUUAAUGGCAACUACUCCAACCAUUGAGGAAAAUGGGACAAUGAAAGAGCCACUUUUGAGAAACUCCAACUCCAAAGGUGGCGUUAGAACCUUGCCUUUCAUUAUAGCAAAUGAGGCAUUUGAGAGAGUGGCAAGCCAUGGGCUUCAACCAAAUAUGAUACUGUAUUUGACGAAAGAGUACGCUCUGUCUGCUGCUAGAGCCGCCAAUAUACUCUUCCUCUGGUCCGCCGCUACAAAUUUCACUCCCAUUGUCGGAGCUUUUCUGGCUGAUUCUUAUAUGGGUCGCUACUCGAUUAUUGGCUUCGGCUCCAUCAUUAGCCUUCUGGGGAUGGUUCUGUUAUGGUUAACAGCCCUCAUUCCACAAGCAAGACCAUUUUGCGACCGGUUUAGCUGCACCGGCGCAUCCCCGGCAACAUCUCAACUUCUACACUUGUACUCGUGUUUCGGACUCAUGUCGAUCGGAGCUGGUGGAAUAAGAUCAUCUUCACUAGCUUUUGGUGCGGACCAAUUGGACACCGGAAAUAGCCUGAAAGAUGCAGGCCUUUUAGAGAGGUUCUUCAGCUGGUACUAUGUUUCAAUCACUGUCUCGGUGUUUGUUGCGGUUUCAGGUAUCGUGUAUAUUCAAGACAACAUGGGAUGGGAAGUUGGUUUUGGAGUUCCUGUCCUGCUCAUGCUCUUGUCUGCGAUUUCUUUCUUCUUGGCUUCUCCAUUCUAUGUUAAGUUGAAGUCUAACAAGAGUUUGCUUACUAGUUUUGCACAAGUCCUUGUGGCCUCUUAUAAAAAUAGAGAUAUCCAAUUGUCAUCAUGUGGAACUGAUGAUUUUUACUAUCACACAAAAGGAACAGUGUCCAGGCCAAGUGAAAAUUUAAGGUUUUUAAACAGAGCAUGCAUCAUUAGAAAUCCUCAGCAAAACUUUACCCCAGAUGGAAAAGUUUCAGAUCCUUGGAGUCUUUGCACAGUGAAUCAAGUAGAUGAGCUCAAGGCACUAAUCAAGGUAAUGCCCAUUUGGUCAACAGGAGUCAUGAUGUCGGUGACCAUGAGUCAAAACUCAUUUCCGGUGCUUCAAGCAACCUCCAUGGACCGACACGUUACUUCGAACUUCGAAAUUCCUGCAGGCUCAUUAGGCUUGUUCACAAUGACUUCUAUGAUAGUAUGGGUUGCUCUUUAUAACCGCAUAAUCCUCCCUGUAGCAUCAAAAAUCAAAGGGAAAUCCGUUCGUCUAAGUUUGAAAGAAAGAAUGGGGAUCGGAAUCAUCAUCUGUUGCAUAGCAAUGGCGGUAUCAGGCAUGGUUGAGAGCAUUAGGAGGGAAAUUGCAAUACAACAAGGAUUUUCAGAUGAACCAGAAGGCGUGGUGAACAUGUCUGCAAUGUGGCUAGCGCCGCAGAACAUCCUUUUGGGUAUAGCUGAGUCUUUCAAUGCCAUUGGGCAAUCGGAAUUCUUCUACACGGAGUUGCCCAAAAGCAUGUCAAGUAUUGCAUCAGCUCUUUUUAUACUGGGGAUGUCUGUUGGGAACUUGGCUUCAAGCUUUAUUAUGAACACAGUGGAUGCUAUUACCAAAAGAGGAAAUGGGGAGAGUUGGGUUUCAAGCAAUAUCAAUAAGGGACACUAUGAUUACUAUUGUUGGCUUCUUGGUUGUUUGAGCUUUGUUAAUUUCUUAUAUUUUCUUGCAUGUUGCAAGGCUUAUGGUCCUUGUAAAGAUGAAAGGAAUGGGGAUUUAGGUGGAGAUGGGGAAAUUGAUGAGUAAAAUUUAGUUGUUGUAGCAGCUUUUCUUUCAAAGUAGUUUUUGUUUUUAUGCUUUUUCAUCAAGUAGUUUUCCGUGGACUUGUGGAAUGAUUACUUUUAUGUGAUUAUAAUUAUGUAGGCAUUUUAGCUUUCAAGAA